AAAGAGGAUGUUGUGAGAAUGAUGUGGACCUUCGACCCUUUCCCCACAAAAUUUCCAUUCCACCUCACCACCCUACCCCACACCACACCGCCUCUUUGCAGCUCGUUGUUGCUGGCCUGGAUUGGCGUGGUUUGAGUUGUCACCAUCUCUCCCUGACUCACCAAGAUAGCUAGAGGCCUAGAGCUACAGCCUCUAGUACUUGCCACAGCAAUAGCACAGCAGCUUUUCUGAGUAAUAAACAACACCAUUGCUCUUCUCUCUUCUCGUUUCUCUCCUGUAUCCAGUUGUGGCUCACCACUGCUAUUCUCUCUACCAGCAAGCAGCUCCUGCCUUUUGUUUUUCAGCUCCUGCUGCAGCCUUUCCCCUCCCACCACCCACCACACCCCCAAACCCGUGCAAGAAACCAGGAGCAGCAAAGCAACCGGCGCUGCAACUUGCUCCGGUGGCUUAAAGUUGGACAGAGUGGGCUCUUGGAUCACCGUUCACCGGUCCCCGACCCACCGGCGUGCCACUGUUCUUGGACAGAGGGGGCAAUCAUUCGCGCCGCGGCAGUAGCCAACCUCCUCCGUUCUUGGAUUGGCUCACAGCGUGCGACCGUGCGGGCCCCUCGAACCGAGCAACAAGCCAAGCAAGAACACCCACUCCCCUCUCUCCGGACUCCGCAUGCGAUUGCUGGCUCGGUGACGCGCUGCUGGCCUAUCUCAAAUCCUCAACUUACUUGCCUCCUCGGUUCUUUCUUGUGCUUCAUGUGGCUCCUGCAACUCGCUGCAGCACCACUUGCGCUGUGUCGCCACGCGCUGUUUCUUGAGCCUCUUUGGUAGCUUUAGUGGUUGAAGCGAGGUCUGCUCACCCGAUGGUUCCGAACGGAGCAGGGGAAUGCGGCGGCGGCUGCCGGCGAGGGAAAGCAGCGCACGCCGGUGUCGGCGCUGUGGCUGGUUUCUUCUUAUGUCUCUUGAUGGUCUGGGCAGUUGGUGGGUCUGAAAGAUCAGGUUGUGGCCGGGUGGCUGAGCACCACGGGGUGGUACGGGUGGGGCAGUUCAACCUCAGCAGGAGCCAGCUGCAGGCGUUGGUGUUCCUCCUCUCAUCGACACAUAAAGAAUGUAUGGUAAAUUCUGGAAUGGUCCAUGAUGGGAAUCAAGUCAAUGGUGCGUCUUUUAUCCCAGAUAUUCGUUGCAUUCGAGAUAGGAUAUAUGAUGGAAAACAGAAUUGGUUGAAGGAUGCAAUUCUUCAAGAAUCUUGCACAGCACAAGAUAAAUAUGGCCUAAAUAGUCAUGCACCUGCAGUAUUGGAAGAUAAGUUAUUGCAAAAUGUUAUACAAGAAGACAUUAAUUCUACCACGCAGUGCAAUCCGGACGAAUGUGACUUAUGUGCUGGAAUCAGUGGCGUGAAUGUGGUCCAGAAUAUUGGGUCAAGUUCUAAUCGCACAAUAAUAUUAUGUCUAUCUGCUUUUUUGGGGAGCAUUGUGAUAUCAAUAGUUAAAACUACGCACAAAAGAGGGAUUCAAACCCACAAGCUUUAUGCAGAUGAGAAAGUUCUCCAGGCACCAAGUACUAAAAUAAGUCGAAAGUGGUCAAAGAGAGCCCUGCUUAUUGGUGUCUUAUUUGGGCUCUGUAGCUCUGUAUGCAUAUUUUCAUGCAUGUAUGCCGAUGUUGUUGCUCGGAGAAUUGAGAAUCUUGCUAAUAUGUGUGAUGAGAGAGCAAGGAUGUUACAGGAUCAGUUUAAUGUAAGCAUGAACCAUGUGCAUGCGUUGGCUAUACUGGUCUCAUCAUUUCACCAUGGGAAGGAUCCUUCUGCUAUUGAUCAGAAAACAUUUGAGGACUUCACAGCAAGGACAACAUUUGAAAGGCCAUUGAUGAGUGGUGUCGCCUAUGCAUUGAAGGUAUUACACAAUGAAAGACAACAGUUUGAGGAACAACAUGGAUGGAAGAUUAAGAAGAUGGAAGAUGGAGAUCAGUCCCUUGUUCAUGACUACAACCUUGAAAAGCUUGAACCAUCACCAGUUCAAGAUGAGUAUGCGCCUGUUAUUUUCUCUCAGGAAACUGUGAAGCACAUUAUAUCUGUAGAUAUGAUGUCUGGGAAGGAAGAUCAUGACAAUAUAUUACGUUCCUGGUCAACAGGUAAAGGGGCCCUAACAUCCCCUUUUAAGCUUCUGAAGUCCAACCAUCUCGGUGUGGUGCUUACAUUCACUGUAUAUAAAUAUGAUCUGCCUCCAAAUGCAACACCACAGGAGCGUAUUCAUGCUACAUUGGGCUAUCUUGGUGCCUCAUUUGAUGUCCCUUCUCUGGUUGAUAAACUCCUAGAACAACUCGCUAGCAAACGAAAGAUAGUAGUUAAUUUAUAUGACACCACAAAUCAUACCUCUCCUAUUGAAAUGUAUGGUUCUGAUUUUACUCCAUCUGGUGAUCUGCAUAUUAGUAGCAUUGAUUUUGGAGACCCAACACGCAAACAUGAGAUGCAUUGCAGAUUUAAACAUGAACCUUCACUGCCAUGGUCUGCAAUAAUAAUAUCAACAGCUGUAGCUAUAAUUGUUUUGCUUGUUGGACAUAUUAUUUAUGCAACUCUGAACUCCCUUGAAAAGGCUGAACAUGAUUAUAGAGUAAUGAGAGAACUUAAAGGACAAGCUGAAGCUGCAGAUAUAGCAAAAUCUCAGUUUCUAGCAACUGUUUCCCAUGAGAUUCGGACUCCAAUGAAUGGUGUUUUAGGAUUUCUUCUUGAAUUAGGUAUGCUGCAGAUGCUAAUGGACACUGAACUUGAUACAACUCAGCAGGAUUUUGUAGUCACCGCUCAAGAAAGUGGAAAGGUAUUAAUAAACUUAAUAAAUGAAGUCCUUGAUCUGGCUAAGAUAGAGUCAGGAAGGAUUGAGCUGGAAGCAGUGCCUUUUGAUGUCCGUGAUAUUCUUGACAAUGUGAUAUCUCUUUUCUACGAUAAAUCACAAGCUAAAGGCAUAGAGUUGGCCGUGCUUGUAUCUGACCAAGUUCCUGAUGUCCUAAUUGGGGAUCCAUGGCGGUUCCGGCAGAUCAUUACGAACCUUGUGGGGAAUUCUAUGAAGUUUACUGAACAGGGCCACAUCUUUGUUCAAGUCCAUUUGGUCAAGGAACUAAACAGGAAAGGAAACAAUUUUUGUGAUGUUUCUGCUCAUAACAGAGAAAUUCUGUAUGAUUCUGACAACUCGAUGCUAUGGAACACACUAAGCGGACUUGAAGUAGCAGAUAGCUGGAGGUCCUUGGAGAAUUUUACGAUGUUCAAGAAUUCAAAUGGUGAAACAGAUACAAUUAGGUUAGCUGUCAGAGUUGAAGACACCGGCAUAGGAAUAACAAAAGAUGCUCAAAUGCGUAUUUUUACACCUUUCAUGCAAGCUGACAGUUCCACCUCACGAACAUAUGGUGGAACUGGAAUUGGCUUGAGUAUUACAAAACGUUUAGUUGAAUUGAUGGGUGGAGAAAUAGGGUUUACUAGUAAAUCAGGAGUUGGUAGUACAUUUUCUUUUACUGCCAUUUUCAAGGAGAACAGAGGAUGUCCUGGAGAUAUGAAAAGAUACUAUUCUGAACCUACUCCGUUGGAUUUUCAAGGAAUGAGGGCUCUUAUUAUUGAUGGAAGGAGUGCACGUGCAGAGGUUACUAUGUACCAUCUUCGUAGACUUGGAAUACAGUGCAGUCUUGUUGCCACAUCUGAAUCUGAAUCUGCAUCUUCAGCUUUGAUGAAAGCCUGCACCUCAAGCAAAAACAAUCCGGACAUGGUCCUUGUUGAUACAGAAGCUUGGGGUAAAGGUUCAGGUUUGGCAUUCUAUCAUCGUUUUGUAGAUUGUCAACUAAAGGGCGCACACAAGUUUUCUCAGCCCAUGCCAAAGACUAUUCUUUUGGGAAGCUCAAUAAGCCCUGUUGAAUCUGAUUAUUUAAGAUUGACAGGAUUUGGUGAUUGCAUAAGGAAACCCCUCCGUCUUAGUACUAUUGUUGCCUGUCUUCGCAAAACCUUAGGGGUUGGGGUUACAAGGCAGCAGAGUAGAGACCAAUCUUUGGUUCUUCAAAGUGUACUAACUGGAAAACAGAUUCUGGUUGUGGAUGAUAAUGCAGUCAACCGUAAAGUUGCAGCUGGUUCUUUGAAGAAAUAUGGAUCUAAAGUUACAUGUGUUGAUAGUGGGAGUGAUGCAAUUGAUAUGCUCAAGCCACCUCACACAUUUGAUGCUUGCUUCAUGGAUGUUCAGAUGCCCGAGAUGGACGGGUUUGAAGCUACAAGAUUAAUCCGGUCCAUAGAGAAAAAAAUAAACGAUAUGAUCAUGAUGGGUGAAAUAUCCGCUAAUAAUUAUGGAAAUAAGGCCCAUUGGCAUGUACCAAUAUUAGCUAUGACGGCAGAUGUAAUCCAAGCGACUUUUGAAAAAUGUAUGCAGUGUGGAAUGGAUGGAUAUGUGUCAAAGCCAUUUGAAGAACAGCAGCUCUACUUUGCUGUUGCUCAUUUCUUAGAGACUGAUGAAACAGAAUAACAAAUCCAACUUCGUAGGAGAUUGAUUUGCCGCAACACUGUUUCAACAUCUGCCAAAAGACCAUCUGUUCAACAGGUUCUGAAAAACAGCGAUCGGCAGCAUAUUUGGUGAUUUCCUCUACAUGCUUUUUAAGAGCAAGCUAAUGCAAUUAAAUAUUUCCCCAUGCAGUUCUACAAGCUUAUGCAUUUACAUUCUUUGUGGAGCGAUAAAACUUUGCUUGUAUACUUGUCUGCCAAAUAUCUACUAUAACAUCUUGUUAUCAAGAAAGAAACCUAUUGUAACAUUGACUUGCCUAGCUCUGAAUGCAGAUGAAGCAUCAAUAUUUUUGAAACAAAAAUACUAAUUUGCUCAUUACUCAUUGAAUCAUUGUAGAAAUUGCUGAUUUGGUAAUUUUAUCUUUGUUUUGGAGCAAUGGAAUUGAGGUCCCAGUUCUUAUAUAUAGAACUUGCUCCAGGAAACAAAAUACAUUGGACUCCCACUGACCAGAAGAAAGAAGAUAAGAUAGUAGGGGGUACAAAAUGUUUGGUCUGGUUUCCGCAGCAAUUUUUUUUCUGGCCGUGUUUUCUGGAACCAAUACAACAUGACCUUGCAACAGUGGUGUCAGUUGCUUCUGUAAUGCCUUAUGACACCACGAUAUUUCCAAAUGCUGUGUUGUAAGUGCUUUACAGACAAACCGAGGUCCAGCUUUCUAAAACAUUGAGUUCAAUGACAUCACUUCAUCCAUUAUUUAAGAAAGCGAGGGUCUUCAAAUCAGGAGGAUACAAUUGUAUCACCAAGUCAGGCACACAGUUUCAAGGUGACUUUGUUCUGAUCUGAUUGUUAAUGCAAUCUGUAAAGAGGCAACUAUGAGUUAGGGAUUGUUUGAUGCCUUGAAUGUCGUAUAUUCAUAUUCCAUCAUUUUUGUGGGCACUUGUAUAUACAUUGAUGAUUAA